CUUCUCCUCCUGUGAGGUCUCCUGUCUGCGCCGCACCUCGCUGCGGCUCUGGUUUCUCCCCAGAUCAUUAGUCUCAGAGGAGCGGGGACGGAUCUCCUGCCUGCACCAUUCCCCCCCACCCCACCACGGCCCACGCCUUCCGCAGCGUCCCCCUCUCCGCGCUGCUGCCGCGUACCCGCCGCAGCUCAGCGGCAUCUGAACGCGCAGGAGUCCGGGCGCGCUGGUUCUGCGUGGCGGUGUUUGGGUCGGAAGGCGGGCGGACUGCGCCCCGCUGUGAGGAAAUGUGCGGAAUGCGUCGCUUGGAAUAAGUAAAUGGCGGGGUUCAUGGAGACAACACUGGGCUGCGCCUGUUGCAAAGUUGAACAAGGGAAACUCUGGGAAGGUCCCAGGAAAAGAUGCCAACCUGGAGGAGAAAUGAACCCACUAAUGUUGAGAAGGAGCGCCGUGUGAAAGCCAACGCACGAGAAUACAAUGAAAAGUUCUUAUAUGCUAACAAUCACAUAAAGACUUCAAAGUACAACAUCUUCACCUUCCUGCCCAUCAACCUGUUUGAACAGUUCCAGAGGGUGGCGAAUGCUUACUUCGUUGUGCUGCUGAUACUUCAGUUGAUUCCAGAAAUCUCUUCCCUGUCCUGGUUCACAACCAUCGUGCCUUUGGUUUUGGUGCUCGUGAUCACGGCCGUCAAAGAUGCCAGCGAUGACUAUUUUCGACACAAGAGCGACCAGCAAGUCAACAACCGUCAGUCUCAGGUUCUCAUCAGAGGAAGUUUACAGAAGGAGAAAUGGAUGAAUGUUCGCGUCGGGGACAUCAUCAAACUUGAGAAUAAUCAGUUUGUCGCUGCAGAUAUCCUCCUUCUGUGUAGCAGCGAGCCUUAUGGCCUGUGCUAUAUCGAGACUGCAGAGCUGGAUGGCGAGACAAAUCUGAAAGUCCGUCAGGCGUUGAGUGUGACCUCAGAUUUGGGAGAUGUUUCAAAACUGAUGGACUUUGAUGGAGAAGUCGUUUGUGAACCACCAAACAACAAGCUUGAUAAGUUUACUGGAACGCUGCACUGGAAAGACAACAAAUACUCUCUGGAUAAUGAAAACAUGCUUCUGCGAGGCUGCAUUCUGAGGAACACUGAGUGGUGCUUUGGGAUGGUCAUCUUUGCCGGGCUGCAAACCAAGCUGAUGCAGAAUUGCGGAAGGACUAAGUUCAAACGGACCAGCAUUGAUAAACUUAUGAACACGCUAGUUUUAUGGAUUUUUGCCUUCCUCAUCUGCAUGGGAGUGAUUUUAGCGAUAGGAAACACCAUUUGGGAGACUUGUAUCGGCAGAAAGUUCGAGCUCUUCCUACCACGGGAUGACUUUCAGAGCAGUGCCGUUUUUUCUGGCUUCCUCACCUUCUGGUCCUACAUCAUCAUCCUCAACACUGUUGUGCCUAUUUCACUGUAUGUCAGUGUGGAGGUCCUGCGGCUCGGUCACAGUUUCUUCAUCAACUGGGACCGGAAGAUGUACCACAGUCAGACCGACACCUCGGCUGAGGCCCGCACCACCACUCUGAACGAGGAGCUCGGACAGGUGGAGUUCCUCUUCUCCGACAAGACCGGCACGCUCACGCAGAACGUCAUGGUGUUCAGCAAGUGCUCCAUCACUGGGCGGACCUAUGGGGAUGUCUAUGAUGAAUUCAACGAGAAGGUGGAAAUCACAGAGAAAACAGCGUGUGUAGACUUUUCCUUCAACCCGCUCUGCGACCAAGGCUUUAAGUUUUACGACUGUAGCCUGGUUGAAGCUGUCAAACGGGAGGAAUCUGCAGUGCAGGAGUUCUUCAGGCUGCUGGCUCUGUGCCACACCGUCAUGCCAGAGGAGAAGAGCGAAGGGAAGCUGGAGUACCAGGCCCAGUCACCUGACGAAGGAGCACUGGUGACCGCAGCGAGAAACUUUGGCUUUAUCUUCCGGGCUCGAACUCCAGAAACCAUCACACUGUGCGAGAUGGGAAGAGCUGUGACCUACGAGCUGCUGGCCAUACUGGACUUCAACAACGUGCGCAAGAGAAUGAGUGUCAUUGUGAGAAAUCCCCAGGGUCAGAUUAAACUGUACUGCAAGGGAGCCGACACCAUCGUCUUUGACCGUCUGGAUCCGUCCAGCGAGAACCUCAUGUACACUACCUCAGAACACCUCAGUGAAUUUGCAGGAGAAGGGCUUCGAACACUGGCUCUUGCCUACAAAGACCUCAGUGAAGAGUAUUAUCAGGUCUGGAAGAAGAAGCUUCACUACGCGAGCACUGUGAUCGAGAACCGCGACGAACAGCUGGCUGUUCUCUACGAGGAGAUCGAGCAGGGCAUGAAGCUUCUUGGAGCCACAGCUAUAGAGGACAAGCUUCAAGAAGGAGUGCCCGAGACAAUCGCCUGUCUGAAUCUAGCUGACAUCAAGAUCUGGGUCCUCACAGGAGACAAACUAGAGACGGCGAUGAACAUCGGCUACUCCUGCAACAUGCUGCGAGACGACAUGAAUGAGGUGUUUGUCAUCUCUGGACUCACACAGCUGGAGGUGCAGCAGCAGCUCAGGAGCGCUAAGGAGCUCAUCCUCGGUCUGAGCCGGGUGAACAGCACAGGAGACGUCGAGAAGGGCGACAUGUUUGCAGAAGAUUCUGUGUUUGAAGAAGCUAUAAUUGCAGAGUAUGCCUUAGUCGUCAAUGGCCACAGUCUGGCUCACGCUCUGGAGCCCCAGCUGGAGCACACGUUGCUGGAUCUGGCCUGUUUGUGUAAAACAGUCAUCUGCUGUCGGGUCACGCCGAUGCAGAAAGCUCAGGUGGUGGAGCUGGUGAGGAGGCACAAGAGGGCCGUCACGCUGGCUGUAGGAGACGGGGCCAACGACGUCAGCAUGAUCAAAACCGCCCACAUCGGUGUAGGCAUCAGCGGACAGGAGGGGAUGCAAGCAGUUCUGGCCUCAGAUUACUCCUUCGCUCAGUUUCGAUACCUGCAGAGGCUGCUGUUGGUGCACGGACGCUGGUCCUACUUCCGAAUGUGUCACUUCCUGGCCUACUUCUUCUACAAGAACUUCGCCUUCACCCUGGUUCACUUCUGGUACGGCUUCUUCUGUGGUUUCUCAGCGCAGACUGUGUACGACCAGUGGUUCAUAACCCUCUUCAAUAUUGUCUAUACAUCCUUACCAGUACUGGCCAUGGGACUUUUUGAUCAGGACGUCAACGAGCAGAACAGCCUUCGCUACCCGAGCCUGUACAAACCCGGCCAGCAGAACCUCCUCUUCAACAAGCGACAGUUUUUCCUCUGCACGCUGCAGGGGAUGGUGACGUCCUUCCUGCUGUUCUUCAUCCCCUACGGAGCCUUCACCGUCAGGGUGAAGGAAGGCGGCUCCGACUUCUCUGACCAACAGGCGUUUGCCGUCACCAUUGCAACGACGUUAGUCAUUGUUGUGAGCGUUCAGAUUGGACUGGAUACACACUACUGGACUGCAGUCAAUCACCUGUUUGUGUGGGGGAGCCUGAUCAUGUACUUCGCUGUACUGUUUGCAAUGCAGAGCGACGGCUUGUUUGGCAUCUUUCCGAGUAGUUUCCCGUUUCUCGGCACGGCUCGCAACUGUCUUUCGGAGAAGAGCGUGUGGCUGGUCAUCCUGCUCACCACUGUGGUGUGCAUUUUGCCCGGCUUGGUCGUGAGCUUUCUGAGAGUGGACCUCUUCCCAACUCUAACAGACAAGGUUCGUCAUUUGCAGCAGUCCAGCAAGAAGCAAGGACCCAAGGAGCAGAACCUGAGGCGGGUCCGCAGGACCAGCUCCCGCCGCUCUGCCUACGCCUUCUCCCACCAGCAGGGCUACGGAGAGCUGAUAACCUCAGGCAAAAACAUGAGGAUGAGCACGCUGUCUUCCACCGUCUCCCUCGAAAGACCGGCACAAAGCUCCAGCUGGAUAGAAAAUAUACUUAAGAGAAAGAAUGAAGUCUCUUGCAUCUCGCCUGAGAGACCGGAUCCACCAGAAAGCCAUAAAGACUCCAGAGCAUCAGCAGAUAGGCUGACAUAACAGUAAAGGAUACGAGUGCCGAACCAGAGUGUUCACACCCCUUUACCGUUCACAUUUUCUCAUUUUACAAAAACAAACGUUAAAUAAGUUUACUGGGAUUUUCUGUUACUGCCCAAAACAAAGCGGUGCAUAGUUGCCAUGUGGAAGGAAACCGAUCGUUUUUAAACGUUUUUAAGGGUAAAAAGGUGACUUCUGAAGGUCAGACUACACGUCUUGGCCACAUCAUUUCUCUUCCUCUUCGCAACUUUGUGUUGGUCUUUCCCAUAUAAUGAAUUUAAGUUUGCUGUUGUCGUGCAAGAAAAUGUGAAAAGGUUCGUAUGGGUGUGAAUACUUUUGCGAGACACUACAGUCUGCAUGGAUCUGACAAACCAAGCACAAGCUUUGAGCAAAUCAAAGCUCUAAAUAACACAAAGCAUACCUCAUUUUCUACUAGUAUGAGUCACGUGAUCUCUGAAUGUUACAAGGAUUUUGUGAAACCAGGACAUCUGGGGGAAUUGCUGGGUCCCAACCAAGUCUGGAAGUUGAUUUCAGUUUUUUUUUCCAGGUUUGGAUAAAUGUGGAAAAAGAAGAAAUGAGAAUAUAGAAAAAUAAUUGUACUUCCAGGCUUUAUUCUCUAUCCUUUGUGUCCUUCCUUCUUUCUCCCUCCUUAAUGUCUCACCUUCCUUGUUUCCUUCUCUCUUUCCAUCCUUCCUCCUAGUAUCACUCCUUCAAUUUGUCCUUGAUGCCUUUCUUGUGUUCUUUCUUCAGUCCUUCCUUUGUUCUUGUCCUACUUUCAUUUUUCCUUUAUUACUACUUCCUUCCUUUUUCAACCUUUUCCUACUUGUUUUGAUCCUUGUUUUAUUGUACUCUACCUCCAUUUGUUCCUCGACUCCUUCCUUUUUUUUUGCAUCUUCCC